UUCUGCAAAGCAAUACUCACCUCUGCCUCACUGGGCAGGGCCUCUAAGCACACCAUUGGCUCUCGGUGUGACUGAUUAAGAAAACCAACUUGCAGCCAACAGUAGGAAGCACUUGGGAGUUGAGUACAAUACUUGAGCCUGUUUGCUGCUCAGAGUGCUCCGUUGAAGGACUUUGCAGGUUACAUUUUCAUCAAAUCGAAGGACAAUACAAAGUCAAGAGCCUGCUAAUCCACGAAGGAGCAGAGGAUUCCAGCCAGAAUCCCAAUAUACAAAAAAGCCAUGGGGAUAUUAUACUCACAGCCCAUUUGUCAGGCAGCUUAUAAUAAUGACUUCAAUCAACUGCAGCUCCUUCUGGAAGAAGACAGUAAUUAUUUGAAUGUCCAGGACAGCUUUGGAGGAGACACACCAUUGAUUUGUGCCUGCAAAAAGGGGCACAACAGAAUUGUCAGUUAUCUUCUGAAAAUGAAUGCUGAUGUAAACAUAAAAAAUAAGGCAAAACGAACAUGUUUACAUUAUGCUGUCAAAAAACGGUUCAGCUUCCUUGACUACCUGCUCAUUAUCAUCUUAAUGCCUGUUAUGCUUCUUGGGUAUCUGCUCAUGGUAUCCAGAAGUAAGCAGAAUGAAAAUCUUAUCAAGAUGCUACUUAGAGCUGGUGUCGAUGUUAAUGUUACAGAUGAUUCAGGAAGGACAGCUCUCCACUAUGCCUGUGAAAUGAAGAACCCAUCCAUCGUUCCUCUACUUGUAGGAGCAGGUUCUGAUCUCUCUAUAAAGGACAAGGAAGGAGAGACUCCGCUUGACAUAGCAAGAAGAUUAAUGUUCACCAACAUAGAAAACAUGUUAAGGAAGGAUACUUAGGCCAUAAUAUGAUGUUGUCAAGCCUGAGUCAGGGGAGGAAUCUAUGAGGGCAAUAAUAAGUCCCACAGCACGGACAUGUUAUAGUAACCUCAUGUUUACAGCAGCUACCAAGUUUAUACAGCAUAGAUGGACUGUGUUAAAAUCUGCCGCUCCGUAUGAAUAGCUGAUGUGGCUUAACCAGAAGCACACGGUUAACAUUCUGAACAUUAAGAGCUAUUCAUUAUUUUCAUUCCCCCUGUACCAAAGUAUGUUUGUAAAGAGUAUGAGCAAUACUAUUUAUUUGAUGUAUACUAUCUGUAACAGUUGCAACUGGAAACAGAUUAAUCAGUAAAGAUCUAUUUUGUAUU